AUGGCAAGUGCCGCCAUCACUUCGCUGCUACGCGCGUCAUGCCGGGUCUCUUCCGAGGCACGACUAUACACCUUCUCUGAAGAGACCAAGUCCAAGCUACGCAAGUUCCGCCUGGGCACCUCGCGCGCCAAAGACCCCCAGGCCGUUAUCUACGAAAUCGAUAAGAAGACGCUCGAAGUACGCCAGUCGGACGAUGAGGUCUACACCGACGUACAGAGUCUCGCCGAUGAGCUCCCAGACCACGCACCGCGAUUUGUGCUCUUGAGCUACCCGUUGACCCUCGACUCGGGACGGUUAUCGGUACCAUACGUCAUGCUAUACUACCUGCCCAUCACAUGCAACAGCGAGGUGAAGAUGCUGUACGCCGGCGCAAAAGAGCUCAUGCGGAACACAAGUGAGGUGAACCGCAUCAUCGAGAUCGACAGUGCCGAGGAUUUGGAGGAGAUUGAAGACAAGUUGAAGGAGCAGAAGUAA